GCGCACAGCUGGGACGUGGGCCGCGCCUGGGCGGCGGGCGGGCGCAGUCCGGAGCCGGCGGUGGACGCGCCGGGCCCCUCGCUGUCGGUCCGCGCGCCCGAGCGCCCCGAGCGCCGUGGGUCAUGGCCGUGCGCGCCGCGCGCCCCUGCCUGCUGGCGCUCGUGCUGUGCUGGUGCUGGGGGGCGCUGGCCGAGGUCGCCCCCAGGCCGACCAACGGGUGUCCGAGCCGCUGCCUCUGCUUCCGCACCACGGUGCGCUGCAUGCAUCUGCUGCUGGAGGCCGUGCCCGCCGUGGCGCCGCAGACCUCCAUCCUGGAUCUUCGCUUUAACAGAAUCAGAGAGAUCCAGCCGGGGGCUUUCAGGGGGCUGAGAAACCUGAACACAUUGCUUCUCAACAAUAAUCAGAUCAAGAGCAUACCCGGUGGGUCAUUUGAAGACUUGGAGAAUCUGAAAUACCUCUAUCUGUACAAGAAUGAGAUCCAGGCGAUUGACCGGCAGGCCUUCAAGGGGCUUGCCUCUCUUGAGCAACUAUACCUGCACUUCAAUCAGAUAGAAACUUUGGACCCAGAGUCAUUUCAGCAUCUGCCAAAGCUGGAGCGGCUGUUUUUACAUAACAACCGAAUUACACAUUUGGUUCCAGGGACAUUUAAUCACUUGGAAUCUAUGAAAAGAUUGCGCCUGGACUCCAACGCGCUUCGCUGUGACUGUGAGAUCCUGUGGCUGGCAGACCUGCUGAAGGGCUACGCGCGGUCAGGAAACGCGCAGGCCGCGGCCACCUGUGAGUAUCCCAGGCGCAUCCAGGGCCGGUCCGUGGCCACCAUCACCCCGGAGGAGCUGGACUGUGAAAGGCCGCGGAUCACGUCGGAGCCGCAGGAUGCCGACGUCACCCUGGGCAACACCGUCUUCUUCACCUGCAGGGCCGAGGGCAACCCCAAGCCCGAGAUCAUCUGGCUGCGGAACAACAAUGAGCUGAGCAUGAAGACAGAUUCCCGCUUGAACUUGCUGGAUGACGGGACCCUCAUGAUCCAGAACACGCGAGAGACGGACCAGGGCAUCUACCAGUGCAUGGCAAAGAAUGUGGCCGGGGAGGUGAAGACACAGGAGGUGACCCUCAGGUACUUCCGGUCUCCAGCUCGCCCGGCGUUUGUGAUCCAGCCCCAGAACACAGAGGUGCUGGUGGGGGAGAGUGUGACCUUGGAGUGCAGCGCCACGGGCCACCCCCCGCCGCAGAUCACCUGGACCAGGGGCGACCGCAGCCCCGUGCCCACGGACCCCCGGGUGAGCAUCACCCCGUCCGGCGGCCUCUACAUCCAGAACGUGGAGCAGGAGGACAGUGGGGAGUACACCUGCUUCGCCUCCAACACCGUGGACAGCAUCCACGCCACGGCCUUCAUCAUCGUCCAAGCGCUUCCUCAGUUCACCGUGACGCCCCAGGACAGAGCUGUCAUCGAGGGCCAGACCGUUGAGUUCCACUGCGAGGCAAAGGGCUACCCGCAGCCCGUCAUCGCCUGGACGAAGGGAGGGAGCCAGCUGUCGGUGGACAGGCGCCACCUGGUCCUGUCGUCGGGGACGCUGAGGAUCUUGGCUGUCGCCCUGCACGACCAGGGCCAGUACGAGUGCCAGGCCGUGAACAUCAUCGGCUCCCAGAGUGUCGCCGCACACCUGACCGUCCAGCCCCGAGUUACCCCAGUGUUCACCAGCGUCCCCAGGGACAUGACGGUGGAGGUGGGCAGCAACGUGCAGCUGCCCUGCCGUCCCCAGGGCGAGCCGGAGCCCGCGGUCACCUGGAACAAGGAUGGGGUUCAGGUGACGGAAAGCGGGAAAUUUCACAUCAGCCCCGAGGGGUUCCUCACCAUCCGUGACGUUGGAACCGCAGACGCUGGCCGCUAUGAGUGUGUGGCACGGAACACGAUCGGGCAGGCGUCGGUCAGCAUGGUGCUCAGCGUGAACGUUCCUGAUGUCAGUCGGAACGGGGACCCGUUUGUGGCCACGUCCAUCGUUGAAGCUAUCGCGACUGUGGACAGAGCCAUCAACUCCACGCGGACACAUUUGUUUGACAGCCGCCCUCGCUCCCCGAACGACCUGCUGGCCCUGUUCCGGUAUCCGCGGGACCCCUACACGGUGGAGCAGGCCCGGGCCGGGGAGAUCUUCGAGCGGACGCUGCAGCUGAUCCAGGAGCACGUGCAGCAUGGCCUGAUGGUGGACCUCAACGGGACCAGUUACCACUACAACGACCUCGUGUCCCCGCAGUACCUGAGCCUGAUCGCCAACCUGUCGGGCUGCACGGCCCACCGGCGCGUCAACAACUGCUCAGACAUGUGCUUCCACCAGAAGUACCGCACGCACGACGGCACCUGCAACAACCUGCAGCACCCCAUGUGGGGCGCCUCGCUCACCGCCUUCGAGCGCCUGCUCAAGGCCGUGUACGAGAACGGCUUCAACACGCCGCGGGGCAUCGACCCGGGCCGGCGCUACCACGGGCACCCGCUGCCCAUGCCCCGCCUGGUGUCCACGGCCCUCAUCGGCUCGGAGGUCGUCACCCCGGACGAGCAGUUCACACACAUGCUCAUGCAGUGGGGCCAGUUCCUGGACCACGACCUGGACUCCACGGUGGUGGCCCUGAGCCAGGCCCGCUUCUCCGACGGGCAGCACUGCAGCUCGGCUUGCAGCAACGACCCGCCCUGCUUCUCCGUGGCCCUGCCGCCCGACGACCCGCGGGCGCGCAGCGGGGCGCGCUGCAUGUUCUUCGUACGCUCCAGCCCCGUCUGCGGCAGCGGCAUGACGUCGCUGCUCAUGAACUCUGUGUACCCCCGCGAGCAGAUCAACCAGCUCACGUCCUACAUCGACGCCUCCAACGUGUACGGCAGCUCCGAGCACGAGGCCCGCGCGGUCCGCGACCUGGCCAGCCAGCGCGGGCUGCUGCGACAGGGCAUCGUGCAGCGCUCCGGCAAGCCGCUGCUGCCCUUCGCCGCCGGGCCGCCCACCGAAUGCAUGCGGGACGAGAACGAGAGCCCCAUCCCCUGCUUCCUGGCCGGCGACCACCGCGCCAACGAGCAGCUGGGCCUCACCAGCAUGCACACGCUGUGGUUCCGCGAGCACAACCGCGUGGCCGCCGAGCUGCUGGCGCUGAACCCACACUGGGACGGCGACACGGUCUACCACGAGGCCCGCAAGCUGGUGGGCGCCCAGAUGCAGCACAUCACCUACUGGCACUGGCUGCCCAAGGUGCUGGGCGAGGCGGGCAUGAAGAUGCUGGGCGAAUACCGCGGCUACGACCCGGGCGUCAACGCCGGCAUCGUCAACGCCUUCGCCACGGCCGCCUUCCGCUUUGGCCACACGCUCAUCAACCCCCUGCUGCAGCGGCUGGACGAGGACUUCCGGCCGCUGGCGCUGGGCCACGUGCCGCUGCACAAGGCCUUCUUCUCCCCCUUCCGCAUCGUCAACGAGGGCGGCAUCGACCCGCUGCUCCGCGGCCUGUUCGGCGUGCCCGGCAAGAUGCGCGUGCCGUCCCAGCUGCUUAACACGGAGCUCACGGAGCGGCUGUUCUCCAUGGCGCACACGGUGGCGCUGGACCUGGCCGCCAUCAACAUCCAGCGCGGCCGCGACCACGGCAUCCCGCCCUACCACGAGUACCGCGUCUACUGCAACCUGUCGGCCCCCCACACUUUCGAGGACCUGAAGAACGAGAUCAAGAGCCCUGAGAUCCGGGAGAAGCUGCAGCGGCUGUACGGCUCCCCGCUCAACAUCGACCUGUUCCCGGCCCUCAUGGUGGAGGACCUGGUGCCUGGCAGCCGCCUGGGACCCACCCUGAUGUGUCUGCUGAGCACACAGUUCAAGCGCCUCCGGGACGGGGACAGGCUGUGGUACGAGAACCCGGGGGUCUUCACUCCCGCCCAGCUCACCCAGAUCAAGCAGGGCUCGCUGGCCCGCAUCGUGUGCGACAACGCCGACAACAUCACGCGUGUGCAGAGGGACGUGUUCCGCGUGGCCGAGUUCCCCCACGGCUACAGCAGCUGCGACGAGAUCCCCCGGGUGGACCUCCGAGUGUGGCAGGACUGCUGUGAAGACUGCAGAACCCGGGGCCAGUUCAACGCCUUCUCCUACCACUUCCGAGGCAGGCGGUCUCUUGAGUUCAGCUACCAGGAGGAUGAGCCAGCCAGGGAGACAGGGCCCGGGAAGGUGCCAAGAGCCGGGAAGCCCCGGGCACCUCCCAGUAACGCCACGGAUGCCUCCUUGGAGCAGCCGCAGGGGCCGGGGACCAGCGACUUCCGGGAGUUUGUCCUGGAGAUGCAGAAGACCAUCACGGACCUCAGGAAGCAGAUAAAGAAACUCGAGUCUCGGCUCGGCACAGACUGUGUGGAUGCAGACGGCAGCUCGUACGCGGACGGGGCUGAGUGGGCGCGGGAUCCCUGCACCACCUGUGAAUGCCGCGAUGGGCAGGUCACCUGCUUCGUGGAGACUUGCCAGCCAGCUGAUUGCCCAGCGCCCGCCAGGGUCAGCGGAGCCUGCUGCCCCGUGUGCUCCGGAGACUCCACGGGGAAGCAGCCCUGAGCGUCUGCGAGCCCGGAGCUUCUCCUGGCCCCGGGAGCUAGGCCGCGCAGGGGCCGGGGCGGUGAGGCUGGGAUGCGGGGGCCACGGCUCGGGGCCGUGCGAGCUCGCCCGGGGACCCCCAGCCUGAACAUUUCACCGGCCUGAGCGUUCACCGGCAGACCGUGGGGCAGACACGUGUCCUGACUCGAUCUUAAGGUUUCUCAGGUUUCUAUUUAAUUUUUUUAAUGAAAAAUUGGUGCUACUAUUAAAUUGCACAGUUCAAUCAUUUAGGCUCCUAAUUGAUUUCACCUAGUAUCACCGUUUCUUCUCAACUGAAAGUUAGUCCCGCUGGGUUCCGGCACCAGGAGCCUGCAGAGCGGAGCCGGCAGCGGAGGGACGCAGGAUUUGAAAGAGAAUCCGUCCCUGGCAAACAGAACAGUCUGCACGGACGUGGGGCGGCAGUGCCGGCAGCCAGCACGGGCCCCCGCGCCCCCUCCCUUGGCCCCUGCCGCUCCGCAGGCCCCGCCGGGCCCCGCCGCCUGUGACCCCCGAUUCCACGCGGCCCGGAAGGUUUGAAGCCGCUGCGCUCCCCCGUGACCGGCGCACACGCUGCUGGGUGUGGACCAGGCAAGACGGCACCCCAUCCGCACCAGCAUUGCCCACGGCCACACUCGCCCUGCUCUGCCGCCCGGCUUCACCCGCCAGAGUCCACGGACAAGCCGCCACGCUCUCGAUCCCUGUUCCAACGGGAGGAAUGCGCGCGUCGGGGACUUUCUGACUUCAGGUUGUGAGAGUCCGUUCAAGAAAAGCAGCCGGUCCGUAUACCUCAUUCGUAUCUCUGCCGCGUGUGAUGUUUGAUGAAAUUUCACGCAUGUUUUAGCUUUGAAUACGGCAGAAACAGCACGUCCACGCCGCUCAAGUUCCCGUAGGGCUCAGUGAGAAACAACUUCCAUACCUCAUGGCCUCUGUCUUUUUACUCGACCGGAACCUCCUGUUUGGUUCCAAAUGCAAAUGGUCUGUGUUCUGGAAAACAGGUCCCUGGAUCCCUGCGCUGUUCUCGGACCUGAGUGUCCAGCGAGAGCCGGGCCCUGUGCCGGGCGCAGACAUGGUGCCUGCCCGCGCUUCCUACUGGAGACCCUCUGGGACCCCGGCUGCCUCUGUCCAUGUGGGCGAGUCCGGAGUUGGUGGUACCGUGUGGAGCCUCUCAUGGGCAGGGAAGAGGAGGCAGGUCUCCAGGCGGCGUCCAGCAGGUGCCGGGCACUUUGAAAGCUGAGUUCCGGCCCAGCCCUCCUCCUCCCCGCAGCAGGAGACCCCAGUGCCUGCGGGGCUGCAUUCCAGCUGGGGGGCGGGCGGCGGCUUUCCACACGGGCGGCUGGACUUGUGAGCGCACAUCACUGGUGAUCGGAUCAGUACAAGCCCCAGUGUCCCGGGCACAGGGCUUCUCUUCACAUAGCAGGGCAGACGGGGUAGAUAAUCGGGCCUUGGCACCCAUCUCUGCAGACAGGAAACGGUUCACUUUGUCUGAGGUGGAUGGUUACAUGAGUUGCUCAGGUAUGAGAUCCCACAUUCUGGAGCGUGUGGAGUCUGAAGGCGCCCGAGGUUGAGCGGUGGCCUGGUGCAGAGGACGCGGGGACUGGGAUGGCUCUGUCUGACGCGCCGGGUGGCCGUCUGAGUCACCGGGAAGCUCUGUGGCUGGGGGUGGACCGUCCGCACCCUCCAGCGGCCCCCGAGGAGGACGCAGUGUGUACAUACUCACUGGCCCUUCUAACCAGAUGUUUGCCAGCAGCAAGUGCCUUUCUUCUGUUCAUUGUAAUCAGCCCGUCACCAAAGAGACGUUUGCACUAUGUAACAAUGCCUUUCAGUUCCAAUAAACGGGCCACGUUUCCAAACA